AGUAGUGCUGCAGUUUAUAGUUCAUGUAUAGGCUAAAUAUAAAAUAAUUCCGUUUAGUAACUUGAGGAAUGCUAUAAAAAUGAAUAGUUCGCAGAUAGAAGAAACUCUUAAAACUUCAGAUGAUGGAAUUAAAUCUUUAUUAUCAACGAUUUUAAAUAUAAAUUUGUGGAAUGAAAGUAAUGAAAAAAUCAUUAUAACUGCCAUAAACAAAAUGCUAGCAGUUUCAAAAACUCGUUUACAAGGUUUAGAAUUGUUGAAUUUAAUAAUAAACAACUGUUCUCCAAAAAUUAUAUCUGAAAAUGGAAAUACUUGGAUAUCACAUUGUUUGGUUAAAUAUGCCGAGGAUGAUUUGAAAGAACUUAAAUUAACAACAAUUGGAAGCAUUGUUGAUAGUAGCCACGAAGAACAAGAAUUCAGCAAAAAAUUUAUUUCUGAAUAUGUAUCAAAAGUUUUUGAAACCUGUCUUUCGAUACAUAAUAAUCAUGAAGCUGCACUCAAUACUCUAGCUACUUGUAUUAAGUAUUAUGGGAGUUGGUUCGCGCCACAUAAGUUGCGUGUAGAACAUUUUAUCACGAAUUUCCUAGAAAAUCCUUCAGAACAGUUAGUUGGAAGUGCUGCUACAGCUUUUCAUUAUUUACAACAGGUUGGAGGUGCAGGAAUCGACGGAAUCAACCAUAAAAGAAAUUUCUCUACCAAUUUUAGCAAACUGUGCGUCACCGUGCAAAAACUAUUCGAUAAAUUUUUCGAAAACGAAAUUGAAAUUGACCAGAGUGAUAGAUCUAAUCAAGAAGCAUUUGAAUUUACAGAUUUACCACAUUAUACACAGAAAAUGUUACACAUUACUACGAGACGCCUGAAAAAUUGUUUGACCUUCAUAAUAAAAAUGUUGCUUAAAGGUUUUCCUGCGGAGAAGGAAAUAAAACCGAGUGAUGUCUUAGACGUUAUCAGUAGAGGCACUGCGGUCCAUCGCUGCCUGGGCACCGCCAAUGACAAUUCCUUGGAAGACUUUCAGUUUUCUAUCCUUUUAAAUCAGGUGCAGAUAGAGUUGCUACGGUUAUUGCAAGUACUUAUCGUUUGGUUACAUGGGAAUGCUUUACCGUUUACUUUCACCAUCACUAAAAUCCUAGUAGACUGUUUAAAAAGGUCCCAGUCCUGCCAAUGUUACAAAACAGAUAGCCUUUAUCAGGAGAGGGUUUAUAAAGCGUUAGGAUGUUGGAUAAGGGUCUCGAGAGGUGCUUUGCAUACGCACUUCCAAACGCAAUUGGUAAAAUGCAUCUUGAAAGACGUAACGCCAGUAAAAAAUAGUGUAUCUUUAAAUUUGCCAGGAGACGUGCAUAAAAAUAAGUCGAAGAAAGCUAUACAAAAGGCCGUUCAAGACAGAAUUAUUUCAAGUGGGCAGGGAAACAGGAGCGAGGAAUUCACGAACACAGAGAAGUUUAAUCGAGAGAAGAACUGUUUGUUCGCUUUAAAUACUUUGAAACACCUAUUGAGUGGCACUAUAUUAAAAUUACAUCCAAAUACCAUGCAGGAGCUUUACAAGUCUAUAAUCAACACCUUAAUCGACAUACAAAUCUCCGAGACCAGUCACCCUUACACGAACCGGGAAUGCGAAGCGGAACUGUACGAGGUCUUCGUGACUUUCUACGAACAAGACACACUAAAGACCCUACCGCCCCUCCAACUCACCAUCGACGUUCUUAACAGAGGCAUUAAUAGCACCAACAGGACGAUCGCUUUGACGUGCGAACACGGUUUAAGUAGUUUGGAGAAGAUAUGCCGUCCCGUUUGCCCUUCUAUGUUUAUAUCGGAGGGUACUACACCGGAACAAGCCGUAUUGCUUCCCGAGGACAAAUCUAGUGAAGACGCACUUGAAGAUAUGAGAGACGUUAGUGAAUCGGGUAUGGAAGAAGCAACUUUAGAUACUUCCAGUACCUCGGAGAGUGAAGGCGCGUUGGAAAAAGGCGAAGCGGACGAAGAAAUCGAGGUGAAAGAAGACGUAAUGGAAAAUGGGACGGAAACGUCGAUUACUUUGGAACAGGAACCGUCAGUUCAUAUAAUCGAUAUGCAGAUCAUAAAAUCGUCUGCCGAGGACGUAGAAUCAGAUAUAGAAGAUUCUGCAAAAGAUACGCAAAAUGGUUCCGUUGCGGGAGAACAAAUACAGGAAGGCGAUGAGUCUUUGGACAUAAAAAGAGAAAUGUUGAACCAAAACAGCAUUCAAGAACGUGAGGAAAUAACGGAGUUUGUGGAAGAUUUCGAACCGCCUCUGAAAAGGAUACGAGGAGACGACACACCGACUCCCUCGUCAAACGUGAAAGAGGAAGAAUUCUUACAAAACCCAGAGGAUAAUAUAUUCGAGGAAGAGUCCUUAGAAAAUAAAGAACAUUUAAAUGACGUUGCAUCUAACGAAGCGAAUAAUCUACCAAACUUAAAACAAGAACAGCCGUCGCAGAACCUGGAGGACGACAUAUUCGAGGAAGGUAGCGAUUUUGUGGAUGCAGUUAAAGAUUAUUAGUUAUUUGUUAAAAUUUCUUUCGAUACUUUGUAUUUUUUUUUAUGAAUAUAGUAAAAAAUAAAGUUUCAAAUUUUAAAUAAAAAUAUGAUUCUUCAAUUU